CCAGGAGCCGAGUCCGAGGCGGGCGCAAGCGAGCCGCUUCGUUCGGGAGGGGUGAGGGAGCGAGAGCCCGCCCCCGCUCGGGCCUUCCUUCCGGUGGGGGCGUUGCCAUGGCGACCGCUGCGGCCUCGCGAGGUUCACGCUCCAGGGAGCGUGGUCCAGUGCGGCGGGCGCAGCCUCGGCCUUGCGUAACAGUAGGAGCCGCCGGUAGGGUGCCAUGUCCUUGGUGGCCUACGCCAGCAGCGAGGAAGAGCAGGAGGAGAAAGAGGAGGAGGAGGAGGAAGAGUGCGACGCGGCCGAGGGAGGAGGAGGAGAGGACGACGCCGGGGAGGAAGGCCUGCAGCUGGGCCGGCGCGUUGGGCUCUUCUCUGCCCUCCCGCCGCCCAAGGCGGGCCUUUUCUCUCGUUCCCCUCCGCCCUCCUCUUCCCCGCCGCCGCCGCCGCCUCUCCUUCUCUGUCUGGCUGCCGAGCCGAGCCGGGCCGCCGCCAAGCCCAACAAGAGGACGCAGCCCGUGAGGAUCGCCGCGCCUCAGCUGCGCUCGGGGGACUCAGAUUCAGAGGAAGAUGAGCCAGCAAAGAAACAGCCUUCUUGCCAGGGCCAGGGCGAGGGAUCCGGCUUGUCUGCGCUGCUUCCUCAGCCCAAAAACCUGACGGUGAAAGAGACGAACCGGCUGCUCCUGCCUUACGCUUUCUCCAGGAAAGCUGCUGCCGAGAAUCCUCCAGAGGCCAAGCCCGCCAAAGGCCCUCUGCCGCCGUCCUCCACCAGGCCACAGCUGCCUCUCAAGGCAACCUCGGCUGUGACCACCACCACAACUCCCUCCCCGUCGGCCAUCAAAGCGGCAGCCAAGAGCGCUGCCCUGCAGGUGACCAAGCAGAUCACCCAGGAAGAGAAUGACAGUGAUGAGGAGGUGGCCCCCGAGAAUUACUUCUCCCUCUCCAACUGGAGUGAUGUGCCCACCCUAGCCCCCAAGGACUAUGCCUACUCUGGCCCGGUGGUGCUGGAUGAUCUGCCCCCUGGGACAGAGCCAGGUCCUGAGCCGGAGGCCCAAGACGCUGCUGCCAACGCCCCGCUAGAGUUCAAGACGGCUCCGGGCUCCAGCUCAGCUUCCCACGGGUGGGCACCGAAGCCUGGUGAAGAGUACAGCUGGCAGGCCUACGCGCCGUAUCCUGGCUGCAGUGAGGCAGGCUGCCCUGGCCCCUAUUAUCAGCCAGAUUACUACAGCAGUGGCUACUACCAAGAAACGGACCCACCCCAGGAGAUCAGUGAUGCUGCCUCCUCCUUCAUGGACAACGAAGCGUUCAAGCGCCUGCAAGGGAAGCGCAACCGGGGGCGGGAAGAGAUUAACUUUGUGGAGAUCAAGGGGGACUACCAGCUGAGUGGGGCCCAGCAGUGGCUGACCAAGUCCUUGACGGAGGAGCAGAGUAUGAAGUCCUUCAGCAAGAAGAAAGGGGAGCAGCCCACGGGGCAGCAGCGGAGGAAACACCAGAUCACGUACCUGAUCCACCAGGCGAAAGAGCGGGAGUUGGAGCUGAAGAAGACGUGGGCUGAGAAUAAGUUCAGCAGGCGCCAAACACAGGCCAAGUACGGGUUUUAGUGCCUGUCUUGCUGCUCCGGCGCCUGGCCAGCCGGGACCCUCUGAGCCCUGAGGCAGAAGCCACCAGGCCCCCUGGCUGCGUUGCGCAAGAGGCGGAGGCCUGCUGGCGGGAGGACUCGAAGCCUUGCAUCUGCGUGGACACUGCUGCCUUUCCAACGAGGGGUAUUUGGGGGUGUGGGCACCUGAAGGUGGCAGCCGUGGGAGGGGCACGGUGUGCUCUCACUCGGCAGGAGACUUCCCUCCGAUGCCUUUUCUUCCCAGCACAGACGGUGCUCGAGCGAGAGGUGAGCCCAGCCCUUGGAGUUGCCCCUCGUUUUGCUCUUGUUUUGUGGCCCUGGCAGCCCCAGCCCCUCCCCCGGCCAUUGUGCGUUUUUCUCUCGGGUGGGGAAAGGCUGUCCCCAAGUGCUCUUGCUAUCGCUGCCCCCACCACCACCUGGUUCUUUGGGUGUCUGCGCGUUUUGUGUUCUUGACCAGACCUCUUCCCCGCCCCCAGCUAGGGAAAUUUCCUGUUUUUUGUGGGUUAGCGACAGCAGCUACUUCCAUCCUCCUCAUUCCCAUUGAAAACUGUCCUGGCGAUGCCCUCCACGGCAGCGUUCAGCAUUUCAGUAGGAAGCGCUACUGGAAGUUGUCUUGCAUGUGUUUUCUCCCCCAAAGCCAUAAGGACACAGCACUGUUACAAUACUUGGGUUUAAGUGCUAGUGGAGUUCAUGUACUUCCAGGCGGCCAGUUGCCUUUGGGGGCCUCGCAGCAGCCGGCGAGGGAUGGAGCCGGGCCCAAGACCAGCCUCACCUUUCGGCUCCACACCCACCAGAGCAGGAGUGUGGCUUCCGGGGCCUGUCCCAAGCCGCUGGUGAAAGGGGGGCCUUUCCCCCUUAAGCGUGGCGUGUGCCCUGGCAAGGACAAGCUGGCGUGCGUGUUUGUGUCUAUAUAUACACACCCGCCCGCCCUCCUUGCUCUGCUUGGGCCCUGCUGGUUCCUUCUGCUGUCAGGUUUGAUAAAGCAGACCCCGAAAGGUAUUCUCCACCUGGGGGCGCUGUUGGGUUCUCCGCUGCCGUUGUUCAAAUUGCAGGCCCGUUUCCCCUUCCUGGAGGGGGCCACCACCCUUACCUCAGAGUUGCUGGGUGUAUGAAUGAAGAUGAUGAUGAUGUGUCUGUAUUUCAGUUUUUUUAAAAAACAAUUUCUAGUUUGUCCCUAACAUUUUAGUACUUAGAGAAGCCUCUCUUUUUUUGAGUAUUCCAAAUAAAAUAACCACAAAGUUUGUUCCAGUCUGUUGUAGCCUGCUUUGUCCUAGACAGUGUGCCUCUGUGGGUAUGCAAAGUAUAUCUGCCAUGCUUGUUUGUACCAUAUAGCCUGUGUGGUUAUUAGCAAAGUGCCAAGUUUUUAUCUAUGCAAAGAACUGUCUCCAUGGAUACCAUGUGACGUGUCUAUGAGGCAGAGACCACUAUGCAAAGUUUAUAAUGUAAAAGGUAUAAAAGUGACUGGCCUCUUCUCUUGGGGGCUGCAGUCUCAUUUCAGAGACUGGGGUCUUAGUUCUGAACUAAUAAACUGCUGUUACUUUA